AUGCAAGGGAGCCGAUGUGGCAGAGGACGUGGCUUCGGUGGUGCUGGACAUGGUGCAAAGAAGGACGACAACUCUAUCGACCAACAAGGAGGUACCGGUUGGGGUCGUGGUGCGAAAUCUAGACGCGGAGGCAAGUCGGGUGCUGGUGGCAAAAUGAAAGGGAGUUGCUGGACAGAAAACGGCGCGAACAUGGUCGCUGAUUCGUCCGACAACAACCCGAAGGGCAACAGCGAGCUGCACCCCCUGGACUUUUGGGUGUUGGACACGGGUGCUGCUUGGACGAUGACGCCGCGCAAGGACAUGCUAGACAACGAACGCACUGCACCGAUCAAUGAGGUGUGCUCCGCCUCUGGACACAUGUUAAAGGAGGCUGGUGCAGGACGAGCUGCGUUUAAGGGAGCGGAUGGCAAGCCGAUGGUGCUGCAGAACGUUCUCCUCGUCCCCGAACUAAAGGCCAACCUUAUCUCGCUCCGUAAGCUUGGCAAGGCUGGGGUGAACACCAACACGGAUGGGGCUCGCACGUACAAAGGGCAGCUGGGCAAUCGGGUGCUUUGGGAUCUGUAUAAGAGCAAAGACGUUGUGGCUGGCAGGAGCAAGAAGCCGUUGGAGCUAGUCCACAUGGACUUGGUGGGGCCGCUGCCGGUGCAAGGGCACAAGGGGGAGCGGUAUUUCCUUACAAUUGUGGAUGAUUGGAGCAGACUGAUGUGGGCAUAUCCGCUGAAGCAGAAGGACCACGCCGCCUCCAUAAUACAGGAUGAUUGGCUGCCAUUCGUGGAGAAGCAGGCAGAGUGUGUAGUGAAGCGGAUUAGGACAGACCAGGGUGGUGAGUUCCUUGGAGCUGAAAUGACAGCCUGGCUCAAGAAGCAGGGCAUCCAGAGGGAGCUGAUCACGGAUUACAGCCCACAGUCCAACGGUGUAGUAGAACGGGCGAACUAG